AUGGAGACGAAGAUGGAAGAAUGCGAGGUAAUAGAUUUAUACGAACUUCACUAUUCCGACUUAUCAUCAUCAUCUUCAACCAAAGUAGAUUCUAUAAUGGAAGCACUCGGAUCCAACGGUCCCGGCCUCCUCGCCGUCACCGGCAUCCCCUACGCAUCCAACCUCCGCUCCUACCUUCUCCCACUCGCUCGAAACCUCUCUCUUCUCGAUCGCCAAACCCGUAAUCGCAUCCUCAAGGAGCAUAACUUAGGUAGUGACGUUUCUUUGAAAAAUCCUCAUAGGAGUGUGUCUUCCUUCGCUAUGCAACUGAAUUAUUCAAAAGCAGAUUCCGAAGAGAAUGAGAUAGAUGAAGCUCGAUUUUAUGGUAAUGGAUUCGAGAGUCUAGGAAGUGUUUUUCGAGAAUUGGGAUUUUGCAUGAUGGAGGUUGGACUUCGUCUCGCUAGAAUCUGUGAUAAGGCAAUUGGUGGAAAUGAAUUGGAGCAAAGUUUGUUGGAAUCGCUCGCUGCAAAGGGUCGUCUCAUUCAUUAUCAUUCUCAUUUGGACUCGAUACUCCUUCAAGAAUUCGAUAAGAGCAAGACGAAUAACAAAAAAGGGGUUAAGAUUAAGAAUAAUAUCAAGUCAUUGGAAGGGUCAUGUUUGGAUUCUGUUGCUUGUGAUGAUGCAGUUCAUUCUGAUUUGUGGCAACAGUGGCAUUAUGAUUAUGGUAUAUUUACUGUUCUAACGGCGCCGCUUUUUCUUUCUCCGACUUAUUCGGAGUUGAGUACAACACAGGAUUCGCGUAGUUGGGUUGAAUGUCCAUCGCCAACUGGGCAUACUAAUUUACAGAUAUAUGAUCCGAAUAAGAAAAAGGUCGUUAUGGUUAGGGCUCCUCCUGAAAGUUUUAUUGUUCAGGUUGGGGAAUCGGCUGAUAUAAUCUCGAAAGGGAAACUUCGAUCGACCCUUCAUUCUGUUUAUAGACCUUUGAAGUUUGAAAAUUUGAGCAGAGAAACUUUUGUUGUGUUUCUGCAGCCUGCAUGGACUAAAACUUUCUCUAUCUCGGAUUAUCCUAUUGGAAAAUCGGCUUUCGAUGGGGUUGUUGGUCAGUGUAUAGGAUUGGAUGAGUUUGAUGAUGAACAACAAUCUGGGCAGGAUAAUAACAAACUGAGUCUGGAAAUUCAAAAAAUAGUUCCCCCACUUUCAUCACGGUUAAAGGAUGGGAUGACAUUUGCCGAGUUCUCACGCGAAACUACAAAGCAGUAUUAUGGUGGUAAAGGUUUGCAAUCAAAUAGAUGA